AUCUUAACCACCAUACUUUCUUUUCCUCUGCCGCGUCUGUGACCGCGCAGUGCUUACACUCAUUUUCGAUUUGAUUCUCAUCUUGACGACGUACAUAUUCCACUGUCAUUCAAUUGAGACCAUGGCAUACUUGAGACUGUAUCAACUUCUCAUCGGCCUGGUUGCCGUUACUGCAACCCAAGCUGCUCCAAGCAUCUAUGGCUGGGACGCACUGGUCCCUCGAGGAGUCCCUGAUCCUGUGCGCAAGUUGACUUUCGUCCCUAGUCACAGGAAAGACAGACGCCAGACUGUAGGCGCUGGGGCAGAUGAGGUCAUCGAAGCAUCGACUUCUGUCAGCGAAAGCGAGACAGAUGUUGUCAGUGUUGACCAGACCGACGCCGAACUGGAAAAGAAAAUUGUCCAGAUCCAGGCUGGAAACCAGGCGAUUAUCACUGAACAGGAUGAAUUACGAGUGCAAAAGUUGGUCACUGUUCAGAAGACCACUGUUGUCCAGGUCGUCCAGCAGGUGGUUGACAUCCGUGCGGGAGUUGCUGUUACUUCCUACGCUGUCCGAGAGAUCACCAAGGUAGCAGAACAACAAGAGGAAGUCACCCAGGUCUUCCAAGUGGCCGACGCGAACAUUAUCACCGUCGGCGCUGGUAGCUGCGAUAACGGUGCCUCUGCAGCGAUUCUCGGAACUAGCGCUGCUGCUUCCAGUAUCGCUGCGAUAGCAACAACCCCAAGCGCACCAGUUGCUGCCGUUACUACUGCUGCUGCAGCAGCUCCUGUUGUUACUACUACUACACCGCCUGCUGCUGCUGUUACUACUGCUGCUGCUGCUCCUCCUGCUGUUACUACUGUUGCUCCUCCUGCUGCUGCUGUUACUACUGCUCCUCCUGCCGCUGCUCCUCCUGCCGCUGCACCUCCUGCUGCUGCACCUCCUGCUGCUGCGCCUCCUGCCGCUCCUCCUGCUGCUCCCGCUGCUGCUGCUGUCGCGGCUAGAGCAGCUCCUUUCCAGAUGAACAACCAAACAAUGAUGCUGAUGCCCGCCCCACCACCAAUGAAGGCGAACAUGCAGGCUGUACCAGACCCUGGUGCUCAGGUUACCGGUGGUAUCUGGAGCUGCGGAGUUUAGAGGAUGUGUGCAGGGAAUACUUGACCUGAAAGAAAACACAGCCAUGUUCCUUUUUUCUUCUCUCUCAAUUAUUGCUG